ACGGCUUUGCCCGGAGCCAGAAGUCAGGCGCUCGCUCUGCUCAGGUUCCUUAAUCGCAUGCAUUGGCAGUUUGUCACCGUAGCGCUUAGCGAGCAGGAUCCAGAAUCACUGGCGGCAUUCCGUCAUUUCGAGCGCCUUGCGCUGGACCGCGGUGUUUGCUUGGCAGAAGUCGUGAAUAUCGGAGGAGUGCGAGUGGAUAACCUACCCAUUGGUACUACUACCAAUGUGACAAUAGUAUUCGCCACUUCCCGCGAUGCAGCUGCCUACCUUGCCUUGACCCUUCGUUCGCCACGUAAAGUCGUCCACAUUAUGAUGGGAGAUUCACACGAUUGGUACUUGCACGAUCCACAGAACAAAAAGAACUUCCAAGGUGUUGUGUCAGUGCAACCGAAGGUACCGUAG